GGUGCGCGAGUGACCAAUGGAGUGACGCAUGGCAACGACGUAUUUGGUAGAGAUUUGGGCCUCACAGUUUUGAUUGAAAGAUUUAAAGCGUAAGGGGCGCGGCAUUUCAUGGAAGCGAUUCUAACCCUCUGCUUCAGAAAACCUAAAAUCCAUUUAAUUUUUACCUCGGCCGCUCUAUAUAUUUGUUAAUCCCCCGACAGAACCAUCGAGCGACGACUCGUACGCUCCAAAGAAUUCAAUCUAGAGAGAGAGAGAGAGAGAGAGAGAGAGAGAGAGAGGAGGAACCUCCUCUCCCUGCAUUCCCUGUCCUUCGAGAUCCGAUCCCUAUAAAACCCCUCGGGGAAUGGCGGAUGAUGCCGGCGCGGCUGCAGGGGAGGAUCCGGCGAAGUCCUCGUCAUCGUCGUCGUCGGCUGCGGCGAAGAAGCAGCGGAGGGGGUUCUUCUCCCGGAUUUGGAGGGGGAUCUUUGGAGUGAGGAGUGAGGACUAUGAGAAGAGGCUGCAGUACUUGUCCAAGGAGGAGGCCGCAGUUCAUGCGAGGAUGAAGCGGCGGGCUCAGUCGUCCAGGAGGAUGGUCAGGAAUCUUAUUGUUCUCUCCGUCAUCGUUGAGGUUGUAGCAGUGGGUUAUGCUAUUAUGACGACAAGAUCACUAGAUCUGAACUGGCAGAUGAGGGCAGUUCGAGUUUUGCCUAUGUUUGUUUUGCCUGGUUUAUCUUCUGUUAUCUAUUCAACACUUGUAAGCUUCACAAGGAUGCUUGAUCGCAAGGACCAGAAAAUGCUUGAAAAGCUACGUGCUGAGAGGAAAGAAAAGAUUGAUGAGCAAGAAAGAACGAAUUAUUACACAACACAACAACUUAUUCAGAAAUAUGACCUUGAUCCUACUGCAAAGGCUGCGGCAGCAAGUGUUCUAGCAUCAAUUGGGGCAGAUUCUGGUUUGAAAGUUUAUGUUGGAGAUGAAUCUAAGACCGAUUCGCUGUCAAAAAGCAAGGCUGUUGAGCUGGUGCAAUCUGAUGGGCUGCGGAAUAGGAAACAAUCUCAUCCAAGAAGCAAUUAUACUGGGAGCACAACUACUCAGGUGGUAAAUGAAAUUUCCACGGAGUUCAGGGGUGACAGCCAAGAUGUGCCAAUUCAGUCUCAGAAGGUUGUUGAACAUUUAAAGUUCAAGCCUAGCAAUGGUGGAUGGAUUGCACGCAUUGCUGCACUGCUUGUGGGUGACGAUCCAUCAGAGUCUUAUGUCAUUUGUGGCAACUGCCACAUGCAUAAUGGUGCUCAGGAAGAGGAUUUUCCUCACAUAACAUACUACUGUCCACACUGCGAUGCUUUCAACACACCGCCGCAAUCUGUGAAGUUGCUCAGUUUGCGGUUCUGGCAGGACCAGUCCACCUGCUCCAAUUGAUGGGAAUCAUGCUGCAAUGCCCUGAUGGGAGGGAAGUUGCGGACAAUAUGACAAAUGCUCUGGAGCCCUCUGUGGUGGGGGUGAUAAAGUAAAUGCUGUUCAGGCUAGCUGAAGAUCUUGCAUAAUUACAUAACAGUGUUUCUUUUACCUGUCUCUAAGUUGUGAUAUGCCUUGGUUGUGGAAUGGAAGUGUAAUAGGACCACAUACCAUUUUACUUAUAUUGUGAAGGAGAGUAGGGUGUCUGGUUAUAUGUACUGUAAAUUUGUGUCUCAUUAUCCAUGAAUCCACCAAUUUAUCGUAGUAGCUGUUGGUAGAAGUAGGAGUGCUAAAUGAGAGAUGAUUUGUGAA